CAUGAUUCUCUGCUGCCGUGGGCGAAGGAAGUUAAACCGAUGAAGAAGGGCUAGUUGUCUCUAUUAAAUAUUGAUUUUAUUAGAUGGAUAUCGCCUUUUAUUAAUGUGCAAUAUAUCUUAGUGAUUAGAUCACUUUUUGUUAUCCAAAGUACGCGUAUAGCUCGGACGAAUUGUGGUUGUCAAACAGGAAUUAUCUUUAAUAAGUGAAGACAUCCAGUGAAUGCCAGACUGCGAGAAACGCAGAAACAAUAAUGGUGUUUGAGCUUCCAACCCAUUAGCUAAGUUCUCCUCGAGAAGACAUCUGAUGAAAAAUUACUGCAACGUUACAGAUCCCGGCAUGGAAGACAAGGCAAAUGGCUCUGUUGACACCAAAAGCUCAGUGGAGAACGGCCAGCUGCCGGACCCUGCCAACUGGGGGGUCGCCGAUGUUGUCAAUUACUUCAAAGCAACAGGGUUUGAGGAGCAAGCCACAGCUUUCCAGGAUCAGGAAAUUGAUGGCAAGUCCCUGCUUCUGAUGACCCGUAACGAUGUCCUGACAGGGCUGUCAAUAAAGCUCGGCCCUGCACUGAAAAUCUAUGAGUAUCACGUGAAGCCGCUGCAAACUCAACACCUGAAGAACAACGCCUCGUAGCCCCGCAGGCCGUCCCAAACAAUGACAAUCAUCGUGUCAGGAGAUCCCAGGUUAGCUGCCACUUCACAAAGACUCCUCCGGCCACCGUGGCACCUUAACAGGAUUUGAAUGCUGUAUGUUUUUAUAAGUGUGGACUCCGAAAAAUGGGUUGCACAUGGAUUUCACUCAGCCGUUUACCCUUUCAGCUGUACUUAUUUCUGCUGCUUGAGAUAUUUUACUUUUGUGUGUUUUAUUUAAAAGAAGGAAAUUUGGGGUGAAUACUUUGCGUGGCUGUGUACACAUUUAAGUGUGUAGGUAUAUGUUUGUUUGUGUGCAAAGUGAAUUAACCUAUGUUGGUUUAAAAAAAAAGUAUUUGUAUAUAAGAUUAUAUAUAGUUUAAAACAGUGUAUGUUGUCGUACCUGAACACUUUGAUACAUGCAGAAAAUUAAUGAUUCUGGUGCAUACAUUUGCCCUAAAAUCAGUUUUUAUGCUCUAAACUGUGCAGCCCAGUCAAUGAAACGUUCUUAGCAUGUAACGAUGAAGCAUUUUGUUAUCCCAGACACAAAGAGCCAAUCCAAAAGCCUCAUUGUCCCUGCACACUUACGUUAUCUAGGCCAGAGGCUCUUGAUAUCAAAAUAUUUAUGUGUAUAUAUUCUUAUGUUCCUACCUGUGGUGCUUUAAGAAUUGUUGCAAAGACAACUGUAUCGAAGUGUGUAUGACUAAUGUAUAUGUGCAACAUAACACUGGAGUUUGAAUAUCUGAAUCAAAGAUUUGCAAUAAAUGGUGCUCUUUUCUCACAAAAUAA